GGUUGUGGCUGUGGCAGCUCGCAAUUUAGAAGAUGCAAAGGAGUUUGCCAAAAAGCAUAACAUCUCCCGGGCAUACGGCAGCUAUGAGGAGCUGGCCACAGAUCCAGAUAUCGAUGUGGUGUAUGUUGGCGUUAUCCAUCCCUACCAUCUGAAAACUUGCCUGCUCUUUACAAAUGCCAAGAAGAAUGUGCUGUGUGAGAAGCCGCUGGCCAUGAACAGCAAGGAGGUGAAGGAGAUCCUGACUUCUGCCAAAAGGAAUGACGUCUUCCUCAUGGAGGCUGUCUGGACCCGGUUCUUCCCGGCCUCAGUGGAGAUCAAACGGCUGCUGGCCCAGGGAGAGGUGGGAGAGGUGAAGAUGGUAAGAUCCGAGUUUGGCGUACCACUGACGCACAUCCCGAGAACGACAAAGAAGGAGCUGGGCGGAGGAGCAAUGCUAGAUAUUGGUAUCUACUGCUUGCAGUUCAUAUGCAUGGUGUAUAAUGGAGAGAAGCCUGAGUGCAUCCAGGCCACGGGGGUCUGCCUGGAGACAGGAGUGGAUGAGACUGUAGUUGUCACUCUGAAGUUCUCCAAGAACAGGAUGGCGGUGUUCACUUGCUCUUCAGCGGUAGAGCUGUCCAAUGAGGCCAUUAUCAUGGGGACAAAGGGCAACAUCAAGAUCCCUGCCCAUAUGUGGUGCCCCACAUCAUUAGAGGUGAACGGGAAGGAGACCCAGUACCCAGUGCCAGAUCCCUAUCUGCCUCUCAACUUUCUGAACAGUACAGGGAUGCGUUACGAAGCAGAGGAGGUUCGGCAGUGUUUGCUAAAAGGGCUGAAGGAGAGUGCAGUUAUGUCUCAUGCUGACUCUCUUCUGUUGGCUGAGGUGGAGGACGAGAUUCGCAGGCAGGUGGGGGUGGUGUACAGCCAGGACAGCCAGUAAUGUUAAACAUGAAGCUGGAUAAUAUCCCCUUGUUGAAUAGAAAACGUUUGUUAUGGAGCGUUAAUGGCUCUUUAUGUCCCAACUGAUCUUAACAUCAAGACACUAUUGGUGUGGAACAUGAUAACUUCCUGUGAGGACGAAGAAAGCAAAACUUCAUCCUUUUCCUCAUUCAGCCGUCAACAUUUAUCUUCAAAAAAGUUGAUAAAGAUUGUUGACAUAC